CCAGCACUCUCUCUGCCUCAACUCUCGAGUUCUUUUUUCCUUUUCACUGCUUCAUAUUUUAUUUUACCAAUCCGAAAUUUUUUUGAAGAAUCGAAGAUUAAGUAGUGGUGGUUCAUCGUGAUUCCUCUGUGCCUGCUUUUCGACUUUCUUUUGCUCCAUUGUGAGCGAGUGUGAGAGAGAGAGAGAGUCGCUUUCUCUGCCGGGUUCCUUUUCUUUCCACCAUUUUUAUGGUCUGAUAUUCUCAGUGAAGCUUUCCAAAGUAGAAAUGGAGAGUAGGCUACUGCUCCUAUCCUCUCUCCCUUUCUUACUGUCACUCCUCUCCCGCUUUUCCUAUGCUCAAAACCCAGUAGGUUUUGUUAGUUUGGACUGCGGAGGAAAAGUAAAUUUCACUGAUGAACUUGGUCUUCGUUGGACUGCUGAUGAUAAACUGUCAUUUGGGGAAACAAGCACCAUAUCAGUUGUAAAUGAGACCCGGAAGCAGUACACAACACUGCGACACUUUCCUGCUGAUUCUCGAAAAUACUGUUACACGCUUAAUGUUGUCAGUAGGACAAGGUACCUGCUGAGGGCGACAUUCUUGUAUGGCAACUUUGAUAAUAACAAUGUUUACCCAAAAUUUGACCUUUCCUUUGGGGCUACUCACUGGUGUACAAUUGUUAUAUCUGAUGCUAAUACUAUAGAGAUGCGAGAGCUUAUAUUUCUGGCUACAAGUUCAGCAGUAGAUGUAUGUUUAUCAAAUGCAACGACCGGGCAACCAUUCAUAUCUACACUUGAACUACGGCAAUUCAACGGUUCAGUCUAUUAUACGCAGUAUGAAGAACAAUUUUACCUCAGUGUCUCUGCAAGGAUAAAUUUUGGUGCUCAGAGCGAUGCUCCAAUCAGGUAUCCUGAUGAUCCUUUUGAUAGAAUUUGGGAGUCAGAUUCUGUCAAGAAAGCAAAUUAUCUUGUUGAUGUCGCUGCUGGAACGGAGAAAAUUUCUACCAAUUUACCAAUUGAUGUUAACUCUGAUGAAAUGCCGCCAGUGAAAGUGAUGCAGACAGCUGUAGUGGGUACAAAUGGAUCUCUUACUUACCGGAUGAACUUGGAAGGUUUUCCAGGUACUGGAUGGGCAUUCACCUAUUUUGCUGAGAUUGAAGAUUUGAGUCCAGAUGAAUCCAGAAAAUUCAGGCUAGUUCUUCCAGGGCAGCCUGAUAUCAGCAAGGCUGUUGUUAAUAUUGAAGAAAAUGCUCAAGGAAAAUAUCGCCUCUACGAACCAGGAUUUACCAAUUUAACCCUACCCUUUGUGCUAUCCUUUAGAUUUGGCAAGACGUCUGAUUCUUCCAGGGGUCCUCUUCUGAAUGCGUUGGAGAUAAAUAAGUAUCUAGAGAAAAAUGAUGGCACACUAGAUGGAGCAGCCAUUUCUGAUGUAGUUUCACAUUACACCUUAGCAGACUGGGCACAAGAAGGAGGUGAUCCAUGUCUGCCCGUUCCUUGGUCAUGGGUCCACUGUAGCUCAGAUCCACAGCCAAGAAUAGUUUCAAUUUUGUUGUCUUCUAAAAACUUGACUGGCAAUAUUCCUUCAGGCAUCAGCAAAUUGACUGGUCUGGUUGAACUAUGGCUUGAUGGAAAUAUGUUGACCGGAUCAAUACCUGACUUCACUGGAUGCAUGGACUUGAAGAUUAUUCAUCUUGAGAACAAUCAGUUGACGGGUGAUAUCCCUUCCUCUUUGGUGAACCUUCCAAAUUUGAAGGAACUGUAUGUGCAAAAUAAUAUGUUAUCAGGAACAGUGCCAUCUGGUCUUCUGAACGAAGAUUUGUUUCUAAACUAUUCUGGAAACAUUAAUCUUCAUAAAGAAAACAAAAAGAAGAGCCGCAUGUUUGUUAUCGUUGGUUCAUCAAUUGGGGCUGCUGCUCUACUCUUAGCAACAAUAGGUUCUUGCCUGUUUAUACGCAAAGAAGCAAGAAGAGAUUAUGAAGAAGAUCACCUUGCUUCCCUCACUUCACAAAGGCUUGCUGCUUCCAAGAGUGAUGCUCCUGCUGCAGAAGCAGCUCAUUGCUUUAGUUUUGCUGAAAUUGAUGAUGCCACAAAUAAAUUUGAGAAGAAGAUCGGUUCUGGAGGUUUUGGAGUUGUAUUCUAUGGGCUACUGAAAGAUGGCAAAGAGAUUGCUGUUAAAGUUCUAAACAGUAAUUCGUAUCAGGGAAAGCGAGAAUUCUCCAAUGAGGUGACUCUUCUUUCAAGGAUACAUCACAGAAACUUGGUACAGCUUCUUGGGUACUGCCAAGAAGGAGACAACAGUAUGCUUAUUUAUGAGUUCAUGCAUAAUGGAACUCUCAAGGAACAUCUUUAUGGUCCAUUGACACGUGGGCAGAGUAUCAAUUGGAUUAAGCGUUUGGAAAUUGCAAAAGAUGCUGCCAAAGGGAUUGAAUAUCUACACACUGGCUGUGUUCCUUCUGUUAUUCACAGAGACUUAAAAAGCAGCAAUAUUCUUCUUGAUAAACUCAUGAGAGCCAAGGUUUCAGAUUUUGGUCUUUCAAAACUAGCGGUUGAUGGAGUCUCCCAUGUUUCAAGCAUAGUUCGGGGCACAGUAGGGUAUUUGGAUCCAGAGUACUAUAUUUCCCAGCAGCUGACAGACAAGAGUGAUGUUUAUAGUUUUGGUGUCAUUCUUCUUGAACUCAUAUCAGGUCAAGAAGCAAUAUCAAAUGAGAGCUUUGGUGCAAAUUGCCGAAACAUAGUCCAAUGGGCAAAAAUGCACAUUGAGAGUGGAGACAUACAAGGAAUCAUUGAUCCUUCGCUGCGAAACGAGUACGACCUGCAAUCAAUGUGGAAAGUAGCAGAGAAAGCAUUGAUGUGUGUUCAACCUCACGGGCACAUGCGCCCAUCAAUUUCUGAAGUUCUGAAGGAGAUUCAAGAUGCAAUCUCUAUAGAAAGGGAGGCUGAAACAGUGAAGGAAGGCAAUUCAGAUGAAAUAUCAAGACAAUCUGUUCAUUCUUCCAUGCAUAUGGCAAUGGAUCUUGGUGUGGCUGAGAAUUACUUGUCUAUUGAUGAAUCCAUCGCGCAGCCCACUGCAAGAUAGACAUAUUUUUAAACCUUUUCCUCUCUCAUUCUCUCCUAUUGUUCUUUCCUUUGUGCAGCCGCCACACCCAAAAAAAAAAAAAAGGAAAAAUGUAAAAUAAAUAAAUGAUGACUUGGAAGUAGGAUAACAAGUUCUCGGAUGUUAUAAAUUGUUUACUUUAAUGAGACAACUCUAGAAAGGCAACUCCACAUUGCUUUUUGCCUCGGCUCGGGGCCAGUUUUUAUGGAAAAGUAUAUCAAGAGAUAUGAUUAUGUCUUAA